UGAAGCAGAAGCACAUUUUGCUCAUAAACCUGGAUACAGUAUAUUUUCAACUUGAACUUGGGACUGCACAGGGAAUAUCAGCAGUCAGUAAGUACUAUCAAAAGAGCUUUUAACCGUGAGUGGAUGUUAUUUGUACUGUAGCAAAACAAUGAAGAAAACUAAGAGACUAUGGAAUUAUGAACAGAGAAUUCUGCAAUACUUAAUCAUAAUGAUUGUUUGGAAAGCAGUUUCUGGGCAGAUCCAUUAUUCAAUUCCUGAGGAGAUGCCAAAAGGUUCUUUUGUGGGGAAUAUUGCAAAGGACCUGGGAACAGAUGGGAAACAGCUUUUAGAUCAUGGACUUCGUAUUGUCAUCAAUACAGGUACAAUUCAGUAUUUUGCUCUGAAUGUCAACCGUGGCCAUUUAGAAAUUUCUCAGUUAAUAGACAGAGAGGAAAUAUGCAGAGAGACAGAAAAAUGCAUAAUAAAAUUCCAGAUCCUUAUUGAAAGUAAACUAAAGCUUUAUGGGAUAGAAGUAGAAAUCACAGAUAUAAAUGACAAUGCUCCUCAAUUUCCCUCAAAGGAAUGGACAAUGAAAAUCAGUGAGAUAUCAGCAUUAAAAGAACAAUUUCCUCUACCAAAAGCUCAAGACCCAGACCAGGGGAUAAAUUCUGUACAAAACUACCAACUCACAGGUAGUAACCAUUUUUCUCUGGAAGUGCAAAGCAGCCAAAAUGGUGCCAGAUCUGCUAAACUGCUGUUGGAAAAAUCACUGGACAGGGAAGAGCGGUCAGUUUAUGAUCUGAUCCUUACAGCUUUCGAUGGUGGCGAUCCCAUCAAGUCCGGCAUAGUGCAGAUUCAUAUCAUUGUUCUAGAUGCAAAUGAUAAUGUACCAGUUUUCAGCCAAUCAAUCUAUGAAGUAAAUCUCAAGGAAAACAUGCCCAAAGGGUCCACAGUAGCUACAGUAACGGCUCUUGAUAUGGAUGAAGGCAUCAAUGGAGAAGUAAAAUAUUCUUUUGAGGAAUUAACCAAGAAGAGUCAAAAAACGUUUCUGUUAAAUUCGACAACAGGGGAAAUUAUCCUUGUGGGGAGCCUUGAUUUUGAAAUAUCAUCGUCAUAUGAAUUUGAAGUGCAAGCCAUGGAUGGGGGUGGGCUGAGUGACAGAUCAAAGGUUGUGAUUUUGGUUUCAGACUUAAAUGACAAUGCACCUGAGUUAGCCGUAACCUUUGUGAUCAACUCUGUGCCUGAGAACUCUCCAGCUGGAACUGUCAUUGCCAUUUUAAAUGCCCAAGACAGAGAUUCAGGAGAAAACGGAGAGGUUAAAUGCGCAAUCCCCAGCAACCUCCCUUUUCGGCUCAAGAAGACAAUGGAUAGUUUCUACAGUUUAGAGACAGACAGAGCUCUUGACAGGGAACAAUUGCCAACUUAUGCUAUCACUGUUACAGCAGUGGAUGACGGGGCACCACCACUCUCUACAUCUGUGGUUAUUUCGCUCCAGGUGUUAGACACAAAUGACAACCCUCCACAAUUUGUAGAGUCAAAAUAUACCUCCUACCUUCUUGAAAAUAAUCCAAAAGGAGCCUCAGCCUUUUCCCUCACAGCAAGUGAUCCAGACUGGGAAGAAAAUGCCAGAAUAACUUACUCCAUCGUUGAUAACCAAAUGAGGGACCCUCCUCUCUCCUCCUACCUCUCCAUUAAUUCUGAGACAGGGACUGUCUAUGCCCUGAGCUCCUUGGAUUAUGAGGAGAUUCAAGAGAUUCAGUUCCAGGUCAAGGUUCAGGAUGGAGGGUCCCCACCACUCAGCUCUAACGUCUCAGUGACUCUCUUCAUCUUGGACCAGAAUGACAAUGUCCCAGAGAUCCUGUACCCCUCCCCUCCCGCUGAUGGCUCAACUGGGAUAGAACUGGCCCCUCGCUCCUCUGAGGCAGGAUACCUGGUCACUAAAGUAGUGGCAGUAGAUGCAGAUUCUGGCCAGAACGCCUGGCUCUCCUAUCAGCUGAUCAGAGCAACAGAACCGGGGCUCUUCACCAUGGGACUCCACACUGGAGAGAUCAGGACUGCUCGGCUGUUUCUGGAGAAAGACGCCCUGAAGCAAAUCCUGGUGGUUUUGGUGAAGGACAAUGGCCAACCGCCUCUCUCUGCCUCAGUCACUCUCACUGUGGUACUGGCUGACAGCAUCCCUGAAGUUCUCUCAGAUCUGAGCAACAUCUCAGCUCCUGUAGGCCCUCAGUCAGAUCUCACAUUUUAUCUGGUGAUUGCUGUGGCGUUUGUCUCCUGCUUGUUCUUCGCAUUCCUCCUUGUCUUACUGGCCAUCAGGUUGCACAGGUGGAGGAACUCGAAACUGUUAGAGUCAGGAAGUGUACAUUUUAGUGGGGUUCCGGUGUCACAAUUUGUGGGGAUGGAUGGAGUCCGAGCCUUUCUUCAGUCUUACUGCCACACUAUUUCACUGACCAGAGAUUCUAGGAAAAGCCACUGCAAUUUUCAUGAGGAAAACUGUUCAAGUACUCUGACCAAUCAACCUCUAAGCUGUGGGGGGAGUGACCCUAUCCUAGCCUGUGGGGAUUUAAAUUUGAAGAAUGAUGAGCAAAUCUUAGUCAAGGUGAGUUAA